GCGAUGUCCCAAACCACUCAAUAGAAGACUAUCAAGGAGAUCACACUACCGGAGAUUGCGGAGAAGACAACUGACACUUUGCAGGUCCAACUUGUGUCCAGGACAAUCACUGACAUGAUGUCCCAGCAUGCAGCCUUGACCGGCUUGUUCGCCGAUGACCCUUUCUUCACCCAGGAGGGGUUGCUGUGGCCGCUGCGUCACGAGCUUCUCUCAUCACUGCAACAAGACUUCUUCAACCAGAGAACCAAAGUGGCUGACAGCCUCCUGGGAGGAAUUCACAACAGGCAUCACUCGCUCAAUUUUAGCCAGUUUCCCCUGGUUUCCUCCAGUUUAAUGAGGUUGAGUGGUACUAAAGAGAAGGACACUACCAGGAAGGAGCUCCACAAGGAAGCCCAGCUGGCCACAUCAAACAGCAAUGACCUCCUUGUGACCCUGGAUGCUCGCGGUUAUGCCCCCAACGACAUCACUGUCAAACUGGAGGGGCGGAGCCUGGCAGUGGUGGCUAUGAAGCAGGCCGGAGCAGAAGAAAGCCAGUCCUGUGCCUCUUCUUCCUCCAACGCCUCCUUCUGCUCCUCUGCCUCCUCUCAGAUGGGAUUUGUCCAGAAGAUUGACCUUCCACCUCACCUGGAUCUGGCGGGUCUUUCCUGUUCCCUGAUGGAUAACGGCCAGCUGCGUAUCCAUGCCCCUGUGGCCAAGCAGCCAAUCGGUGAGGAGCAGGAGGUGCCCGUUCGAUUCAGGACGUCACUGGACUUUCCUAUUUCCAAGGACAAGACUGGAGAAGAACAGCGAGACUAAUGCACUCAUGACAAACAUCUGUUUUUCAUUUAAAUGAAAACACUUUUUCUAAUUCAAAAAAUAUAAAUGUUAUGCCCACACACAAACACACUUCCAAUUUAAGACUGUCUGUAUUGAGUUAAGUUUACCAUAACUAUUUGAAGAUAAUAUUUAUUUUAUCAUUGUUUACAAUAUGUUUGAACUGUUGAAUAAAAUAAAGUGUUGAUUUUCAGAGUUA